AUGCAGUUUUUCGUUAUUACCUUCGCGAUCACCCUUCUCACCCUAACCCGCGCACACCCCACCGCACAAGCCGCGCACCCCCACCUCCUCACCCCCCGUGCUCCCACUAUCCAGUGCCGCACCACCGGCUCUUCCCCCUCCAUCGCGGACCUUAGGUCCCUCGGCGCCAUCAACCUUUUCGCCGACGGCCGCGGCUUCUGCCUCACCACCGGUGCGCUCUGCCCUGGCCAGUUCAACAACUUCUGCGUCGAGGGCGGUGGCGUCACGGAAACGGUACUGGCGCGCAAGGGUAAUCUCGUCGUGACGGCCAGAGGAAACAAGAAGAACAUGCAGCUCCUGUGCGGCGAUCUACAGCGCGGGAUCGACGACCUGAGGAGCAGGUGCGAGAAGGAUGGUAAGGUGGAGGGCUCGGUGCAGUUCGAGGGGAAGGAAGGGAGGGGGUAUGUUACGGUUGAGGUAAAGAAUGGGUAA